CCCAGAUCUGAGAUGGAUUCUUUCUUUCUGCUGCUCCUCGGCCUGGGUUUGGUUCUUGCAGGAGCUCCAGAAAGCAUAAUGGAGAUAAUUAACGAAGAAUUUUCGGGGGAAGAGAUGUACUAUGAUGUGGCAAACAGGGACCAAGAAAAACGGACUAGUGAGGUAUUAAUGAACUUGACUCUGUUAUAUAAAAAUACUAGUGCCAGUACGUCCAAGGAUAGUUUGUCUUCCUCAUUAUUGACAUUCAGAAGAUUACAUUAUAGCUUCCCCGGAGGAGACAGCCCAGGUAACGACAAAGAGUAUUGCAAUGACGUGGUGGUCUGGAGAAAAGUUUCCGAAGCUAAUGGGUCAUGCAGGUUGAGCAAUAACUUCAUCCAUGGCUCCAUGGAAGUGAUGCACGGGGUCCCCAAGGCCUCCAGCUGCAAGUGUGGACAGAAUCUUGGCAUCAACUGCUCUAGGAGCCCACGUCUGGAGACCACUAUGUGCCAGCUUACUAUGGACAAACAGUUCGCCAGGUGCCAAUACCACAGUGAUACCUCAUUAAAGAAAAUAUUGGCAAUGCUGACAGGUCAUUCUCUGAUGAGCUGGUUAGUUAGUGGCUCCAAGUUGUAAAUCCCACAGGGCUUUGAGACCGGAGUCUCUCUAAAGAAAGAC